AUGCCUCGCAGAAUCUCCCAAGCUGAGCUUGGACUUCUGCUCCGCCAUGUGAGACGACAAGAUCUCUCUCGCCAGCGAGCAUGGCAAACUCAGGAAUCACAGCAUUUGGGCGCCAACCCUAGGCAGAAGCCCCGCAAAUCUUGGCAAAAAGGUGAGAAGAAUGAGAGUAUGCCUCGAAAAUUCCUCGAGACCUCUAUCACUACGCUCGGGUCUCUCAUGAUUCUAGCACUGGGUGGAUAUACGUAUCAUAUCUACUACAAGAGUCUAGUACUGCACAAGAUCAACAACGCGUUCUCCAGCGGGUUCUCCACGCUGGAAUUAGCCGCCCUAGCUCAACACGGAGUUCCGCCAGAGCCAGGCGAAGAGCCGGUCCAAGAUGAUGAACUGCGGUUUAAAGUGCUGCGACCGGAACAGUCGACGAUAGAUUCCAUCGUGUCCGGCAAAAUCAGAGGAAAUUACUACCUACUCUUCGGGGAAAAGGGAACUGGAAAAACGACCAUGCUGCUUGACGCCAUGAGAAAGGUUCAAGGGAGCGGAGUGGCUAUGCUAGAGGCGCAUAGCGAUCUGGAGGUCUUCCGACUACGACUGGGUAAAGCAUUGGACUAUGAAUAUCACGAAGACUACGUCGGAGGGCUGUUUAACAUCCGAGGACCUCGUGAAGCCACACCGCUACUUGAUAUCGAGCGCGCCUUGAACAAGCUGGAAAAGGUGGCGCUGAAGCGCAAGUCGAAAUUAAACAGGCCGCUCACGCUCAUCGUAAACAAUAUCCAUUUUCUCCCAGAUAGCGCAGACGGACAACACCUCCUCACUCUGCUGCAGCAGCGCGCUGAGCUAUGGGCAGCAAGUGAGCUUGUCACCCUCAUUUUCACAAGUGAUGAGUACCGCACGACGGAAACACUGCGACCACACGCUACUCGCAUGCAAGUACUGAACGUGCGGGACGUACCAAAGGAAACUGCCAUCCCGGCCAUGCAGACGUACCGAAAAGAGAAAUUCAAUGAGACAAUGUCGGUGGACAUUCUAUCACAGGCCUAUGACAGAGUAGGCGGGCGUUUGAUAUUCUUGGAACAAGUCGCGAGAUCCAGAGAUCUAUUCAGGAUGUGUGAAUCGAUCUGCGAAAAGGAAAAGCGAUGGCUCCUGUCCCAGUGUUGGAUACUAGGCGCGGAGAUGGACGACAAGGCCGAGGACCAACAGGACUACUGUCACGCCGCAAUGCUCCUCGCCAAAGCUCUCGUUGAACUAGAAAACAAGGGUGUCAAUCCUAAAGGCGGUGCCGAGAUCCCAGGGAUGCCCAUCCACAAAGUGCAAGAGUUGAUGACACGAGCCGACUUCCUCCACAAGCUGGAUCAGAUGAAUAUAUUUGCCAUUGACGCCAAUGGAGUAGUCAAGGCCGACUCGGUUCCGAUGCAGAAUGCCUUCCGGGCGGUAGUUGGUGAUCCGGCGUUCGAGGAACAUUUGGAGGCGACGACCGAGCGGUUGGAUGAGCUGGAAGGUCUUGGGCGGACCACGGAACUGACGAUGAAAGAUUUGGUGAAUGCGCAAGAAGCCCGGAAAGAGGGCGACAUCUCCUCGGUGUUUGUGUCCUUGUCCGGGAACAAGAAGUCUCCUCUCCCGAGAAGAUUCGCAGAUCAGAAGAGAAGACUCAUUGCUGAUCGAGAAGAACCAGUACAGAGAAGUUGGGAGCGCCUUCUCUCAUCAAUGCAAGAAGAAGUCCGCCUCAUUCAAGAUCGGGGAUCGGAUAUCAUCCCAUCAAUCGAUUUCAAGAACAUCCACAACGCCCCAAAGACAUUUCAAGAUGAACUAAGGAAGCGGGGAGUUGCGGUGAUCCGAGGAGUGAUACCAGAAAAUGAAGCUAGAGGUUACAAAGAAGAGAUCGAGGACUAUGUCAGAGCGAAUCCCCAAACGAAAGCAUUCCCACCUCAUGACCCCCAGGUAUACGAGCUCUACUGGUCCAAGCCCCAAAUGCGUGCACGAGCGCACCCCAAUAUGCUCAAGGCACAGCGGUUCCUUAUGAGCUUCUGGCAUUCCAACGGCCCCGAUGCCAUGAUAUCCCCUCUCCAGCCGCUCAGCUAUGCCGAUCGACUACGAAUUCGCCAACCAGGAGACGCCGGAUUUGCUCUUGGACCACACGUCGAUGGAGGAAGCUCCGAAGCCGACCUCUAUAACGGAGCGGGCGCAUGUUCCAUGUUCCGAAUGUUUCAGGCUUGGCUGAGCAUGUCACACACGGGACCAAACGGGGGAACAUUGCUCGUGAAUCCGCUUCUCUCGAUGGCGACGGCAUACUUCCUGCUCCGACCGUUCUUCGAGCCUGUCUACUCACCUCCUCAGGACUGCUCGCAGCUUGCUCUAGACACUUUCUUUGACGCAAGUAAUUGGAGGCUGGAACGGGAGACGUCCAGCAAACUAGAAGGCGCCACGCCGGGAUACGCCCAGGAACUGAACAUCGCUCUGCAUCCUCACCUCCAACUCGAGAAGACGAUGGUUCAUGUUCCCAAGAUCGCCCCGGGAGACUACGUUGCCUGGCAUUGUGACACAAUCCACGCCGUCGACAAGCUCCAUAAUGGAUCUGGAGACUCCAGCGUCAUGUACAUUCCUGCCUGCCCGGUGACCGAAGCCAACGCAGAAUAUGUCAAACGGCAGAAGAACGACUUCCUGGUUGGUGCUCCUCCACCUGACUUCCCUGGAGGAAAGGGCGAAAGUGAACACGUGGGCCGUACGACGGUCAAUGAUAUGAAGGAAUUUACUAGCGAAGAGGGAUUGCGGUCAGUCGGGCUUGGAAAAUGGAAUGCGAAUGACGCGGCGUCGACCCUUGGCGAGAGGCGGGUUUUGCAAAAAGCAGAUGAGAUUUUGCGCUGCAGGAUUCACUGGCCCAAAAGAUGGAGUUCCAAGAAGAAAGAUGAUGAGAGAGAGAACGCGACAAACGCAGAUCUUAGCAACGCGAAUAAAGUCGUCGCCGAGUCAGACAAGUUCGCAGUUGCAGAGGAAGGCGAGGAGAAGCCAGUCCUUACUCCUAAGAAUCUCUGGAAAAUUGCGUACGAAUCGCUGGACCCAGACGAGAGAUCGCGACUAGAUUCAAUCCGUCAUGACAUCCCUGAGAAACAUCGCGACAACCAAUAUUCGGAAGACCCAGUCAUUUCCAUAUGGCUGAAAGAUACGAUCAAGACAGUUGAGACUCAGUUUGAGGUUCGAAAAGCAAAGGAUGACGCAUCGAAAGUCAGGAGAGCUGCCAAAGGCAUCCUCGAUACUGCAUGUUCAUUGCAGAGUGUAGUCGGGAGCAUCGCUGCCGCAGACCCCACGGGCCAUGCAGCAAGUGCUUGGGCGGUAGUAUCGCUUGGGUUAACGAUGACCCAGAAUGACCGCACGCUCCAGGAUGCGUUGUUCGAGGCCUCGGAGUUUCUCACAGAUAUACUGGCCCGCUAUACUCUAGUGGAGAAGCUACUCCAUAAAAGUGACAAAGAUGCUCGCGUAAUGUUGGAGGAGAGCGUUGUUAAGCUCUAUGCAAACAUCAUGCGAUAUGCUUUAGAGAUGACUCUCGUUCGAGAAAUGGGCGUGGGCAAACGAAUUUGGAUUAGUCUUUCGGUGCCUGAUCUUGCGAGUCAGCAACUAUCCACGCUCCGAACAAGUAUCCAAAAUGAAGAUAAGAAUCUCCAUAGUCUCGUCAACCUUGACCAAAACAUUCGAAGCAGCCAACAGGGGGAGAUACUUCUUGCUCGAAUUGAAGAGAAUUCGGCACUCAUUCAAAAGAUUGAUCAGAAUUUCCAACUUUCGAAAUUGCCUCGUGCCGCCAAGGCGAUAAAUGGCGCCUGGGAAGACCGUCACGAAGAGCUCUGCUUCAAGGACACUAGGGAAGGGCUCUUGCAAGAAAUUGUAGAUUGGGUGGACGAUCCUCAUGGCACGCAAUUCUUUUGGCUGAAUGGUAUGGCGGGGACAGGAAAGUCGACAAUCUCACGUACGCUCGCCAAAUUCUUCCAAGACCGAGGAAGCCUUGGAGCAACUUUCUUCUUUAAGAAAGGCCAAGAGGACUGUGACUCGGCAAAGAGAUUUGUACCGACAAUCAUUUACCAGCUGACAAAACUACUCCCGAGCCUGAAAAAAGACAUUCAGGAUGUCAUUGAAAGGAAUGAGUUGAUCUUUGACCUGGGCUUGGAAGAGCAAUUCGAUGAGUUGUUUAUGAACCCACUUUGCAAUGUAUGGAUGCCUCAGCGUCAGAUACUGGUUCUCAUCUUCGAUGCGGUCGACGAGUGUCAGAAUCGCCAGGACAUAAUGCAAAUUUUCCGACUCCUACCGAGAACAGGGAGUGUGAAAGAGUUGGACUUGCGGUUUUUCAUCACAGGAAGGCCUGAGCCAGCUAUUAUCAAUAGCUUUCAAAACCUGGAGAACGGUCAAUACCGAGAAAGAGUCCUUCAAGAUAUUGAAGGCGUCGAGCGUGACAUCUCCAAAUAUAUGUACGCCAAGUUUAGCGAAAUAGGAGCACAGCCCGGGGUCCCGGCGAGGUGGCCUGAAACGACCAUGCGAAAACUGACAGAGAAAGCGAAUCCAUUGUUUAUCGUCGCUGCAACAAUAUGUAGAUUUGUUGGAGACGAGGAUUUCGACCCCAAAGAACGUGUCGAGAUGAUUCUGCAGCAACCUCAUUCCGAUAAUAAGCUCGUUCAAACCUACCGCACAGUUUUGGACCAAUUGAUAUUAGACAAAAGUGGAAACGACAAGCGAGAAAUACUUGGCGAUGUCCGACGCAUCGUCGGGUCCAUCAUUCUUCUCCAUAAUCCUCUAUCAACAACAUCGUUGGCAAAUCUUCUCAGAGUGCGACAAGAUGCCAUUAAGAGGAGAUUGAGACUCCUGCGCUCCCUUCUUGUCGUACCCAAGUAUGAUGAUAUGCCAAUCACCCCUUUGCACCUUUCACUGAGAGACAUUCUUAUCGACCAGAGCAUUACUGGCAUGAUUCCAUUCCGGAUAGAUCCAGUUGAGCAAAAUCAAUAUUUGGCUCAUCAAUGCCUUGGAGUCAUGUCCGACCAUGAUACGGGUCUCCGAAGAAACAUGCGCAAUCUUCUGGAUGCCGUAUCAUUCAGGAGUGGAAAUGACAAUAUUGGGAUAGCCUUGACCCCCGAGAUUAGAUAUGCUUGUAGAUACUGGGUAAAGCAUCUUGUGGAUGGAAAAGUAGUGCUUGACCAGGACCGUAUAUACCUAUUUUUCACGAAGCACUUUUUGCAUUGGUUGGAAGCGAUGAGCAUUUUUGAUCUGGUCCCAGAGAUUCCAAAGCACCUCGUGAAUAUGCAAAAACUGUUACUUGAAACGCACCAAACCCGGUUAACGCGAUUUCUUUCUGAUGCCCUUCGAUUUGUGCAAAGAGCCAGGGAUACAAUAAACUUGGUCCCUCUUCAGAUAUAUUCUUCGGCGCUUAUAUUUCUACCGGAGAACAGUAUCGUGCGGGAAAUGUUCAAAGACCAAUUCGCUCAAGAUUUCGUGAUGCGACGAGAUUUAGAAAGAGAUUGGGGUGCACUACUGCAGUCGUCCCAAGGCCCACCAGAAGCAAUCAGAGGACUUGAAAUCUCCUCUGACGGCCGUUUGCUUGCUUGCAGCUACAACAAGGACAUAAUCAAGCACUGGGAUGACGAAGGAAUGGGAUCAGCGAUAAAGUUGCAGACCAUAUCCAGUUUAGACUUGGAGGUGUGCACUUCUGCAUUUUCACCGGAUGGCAAAUUACUGGCGUGCGGCUUCGACGAUGGUUCCGUGCAUAUCUGGCAGAUAGACAGCAGGGAAUCACUUACGCUGGUAUCCCAGAAAGACGAGACAACGGACUCUGAUCGUCUAGAGACUUCAGCCAAACUUGUGGGAAUCCGAGAUAUAACCUUCUCUUCCAACAGUCAGUUGGUGGCAACACUGACCUGGCGAGGGGACCUACGGUUAUGGGAUUUGACCGAGAAGGUCCCACGCAUGCUUUGUCGUGCGUUCCCAGGAGUAACAAACUCAGUAGGGUUCCUAGAUGAUGACGGUUACCUCAUUUGGUCUACGACUCGUGGGCUCAAAGGAUGCAGAAUAGAUAAAGACAGCCUAUGCUGCUCGGAAACAAUCAACAUCACAUCCAUGUCUCCCUCGGUCUCUGGAGAUGCAGUGAACUACUCUCGGUAUAGCAAACGAAUGGUAUGCAGUGAUUGGAAAGACGACGCCAAGAUUUAUGAUUUAGAUACAAUGACAACGGAGGACGAUUGGAAACCCCAGAGGGUGAUCAGUCUAUCGAACCGACCACUGAGGAUUCGACUAUCACCAGAUGACCGGUGGCUGGUAUGUUUGUUUAUCCAUAGCAUUGAGCUCUUCGACCUCCACUCCACAGACUCAGAGUUGCGGCCAAUGUCUCUUAAUAAUCUUAUCUCACGCUGCUCCACCGUUUCCUUCUCGCAUGAUAGCUGUCGAUUGGCAUUCGGCUUUGCAAACGGAAUCGUUCAACAAUGGGACGUCCACCAGAUAGCAUCAGACAGCCUUUGGCAAGGAUGGAUGUCCUCGCCGGUAUCCGUCGGAAGCAUUGCUAUCUCCGCCGAUGGCCUAAAGCUGGCUGUCAGCAACGAGGAUAAUGAUCUCAGUAUUUGGGCUGUUGAGACAAAUGGCUCGGACACGAUGAUGUACACAUUACCAAAUGAUGAUCGUUCCUAUGCAACAAAGGAAGGUAGUCGGAUAAUCACAGAACGGAACGCCUUACUGAUCGAGGAUGAAAGGUUCAUGGGUAGCGAUCCUCCAACGAGCUGGUCAGAAUGCCCUCACUUUCUUGCCGUACGGGAUAACUGGAUUGUCAAAGAUACCGAGACCUACUUGUGGCUACCUCCAGAACACCGCGGUACCUGGACUUGCCAUGAAGAUGUUUUAUACAUCGGAACUAAGUCCGGGCGGGUUGACAAGUAUGUGCUCGACGAUCAUGGUAAAAUAUGGCUUUAUUCUAGGCAGUGUUCGAAUAUGAGUGACAACAUGAAUUGGAAGGAAAUGGUCAUUCGGGCCAGAGUCCUUCAGAAGUUUGAUGGUCUUUCCACGCAAUACGAUCGCUUCAUUGACCCAUCUGACAGCCUCAUCUUCGUGCCCGCGUGA